AUGUCUACCACUUCACUAUACAACUUGAAUUCGGGUUGGAUCGUACAAAAAUUUGGAGGUACUUCUGUUGGUAAAUUUGCACUUGAGAUUGCGUUGGAUAUAGUUAAGAAAUACAAUGAAACCAACCAAAUUGCUGUUGUUUGUAGUGCCAGAUCGACGCAGACAAAAUCGGAAGGUACCACUACACGUUUGAUCUUAGCCUCCGAAUUAGCUAUUGAUGAUAAAGAGGAGGAGUUUAAGAAGACCUUGAAGUUAAUCAAGGACGACCAUGUUGCCAAUGCGGAAAAGCUAAUUCAGAAUGUCGAGCUAAGGAAACAGUUGAUCAAAGAUACAGAGCUUGAGGUCGACAUGGUUGAGAAGUUGUUAGAUGCUUGUUGUGUUAUUGGCGAAAUCAGUACCAAGUCUUUGGAUACCAUUAUGUCAUGUGGUGAAAAAUUGUCUUGUUUAUUUAUGAGUGCCCUCUUGAAUGACAACAACGUCCCUUCUAAAUAUAUCGACCUAUCCAACAUUGUGAGCCAGCUGGAUUUUAUCAAUGAUGACAGGCUUUCAAAUAAUGAACAAUCCUUGGAUCCUUUCUUCUAUAAGGCAUUGGCAAAGACAAUUGCCAGGGAGAUUCAGAAGUUGGACAAUGGUGUUGUCCCUGUUAUUACUGGGUUCUUUGGACCUGUACCUGGCGGGUUGCUAAACUCAGUUGGUAGAGGUUACACUGACUUAUGUGCGGCUAUUUGUGCUGUUGGGUUAUCUGCCAAUGAAUUGCAAAUCUGGAAAGAGGUUGAUGGUAUUUUCACGGCCGAUCCUCGGAAAGUCAAGACUGCUCGGUUGCUUAAAUCGGUCACACCUGAUGAGGCAGCAGAAUUAACCUACUACGGUUCCGAAGUCAUCCAUCCAUUCACCAUGGAACAAGUCAUCAAUGCAAGAAUUCCAAUCAGAAUCAAAAAUGUCAUGAAUCCAAAUGGAGAAGGUACAAUCAUCUAUCCCGACAAUAUUGGUAAGAAGGGCGAAUCAACGCCGCCUCAUCCUCCUGCAGCUUUGGAGGCGCUACCAUCGGAUUUCUUAAAUAAGGCGGCGAAAAUGAAAAUUCCUACUGCUGUGACGGCAAAAUCAGAUAUUGCGGUUGUCAAUAUCCAUUCCAACAAGAAAACCUUGUCACAUGGGUUUUUGGCUAAUGUUUUCAGUAUAUUGGAUAAGCAUCGGACGGUUGUUGAUUUGAUUUCCACAAGUGAAGUUCAUGUCUCUAUGGCUGUCAAUUAUGACAAAGAAAAGAGGAAAUAUUUCUUAAGAGUCAUUGAAGACCUGAAGAAAUUUGGUGCUGUAGAUGUAACCUAUGAUUUAUCGAUUGUCUCGCUAGUUGGAAUCCACAUGAAGCAAUUGAUUGGUACUGCAGGUGCAAUGUUUAAGGUUCUAGCGGAUGAGCAGAUCAACAUUGAAAUGAUUUCCCAAGGUGCAAAUGAAAUCAACAUUAGUUGUGUUAUUAGCAAGGACAAUGUCAUUAAGGCCUUGAAUGCGUUACAUGAUAACCUACUAUUACAUCCGUUCAAAAACAACAAAUAUAGCCUGUCCUUUGAGAACGAAUCUGCAAUUUCUCAUUUGAAGCUAUCCAGCAAUUGA